AAACCUCAACAACAAACAACAAGGCUAUAACGAAAUAAGGGAUUAUUGCAAUCCAGGUGCAGCAUGUUUCCCCAGCAUUUUACAUGUUAAUAAAGGAGAUUGAAGCCAAACUGCCUUUGGCUUCAAUACAGAGCUGCUUGGAAGGAAGGAGGAGUUUUAAUCCCAGAUGACAACCCCCUUUUUUGCAUUGCAGUUUGCAUGCUGUUCUCGCAGGCAAGUCAAUUCUUGUUUCCCUUUUCCUAGUGAUCCUGUUUGGAAAAGUGGAGGAGAAAGGACCAAAGAAGAGGGGAAAAGAGGCUUUCCCAUCACCUUGAAAUAUCUAUGGUCUAUUUAUUGCAGCCCCAGGAAUUUAUUGCAGGCUUCAGCACCUGGAAUUGAUUGAUUAAUUGGUGAUCGGUCUCCCAUCCAAGGGCCAUCCAGGGCUGGCCCUGCUUAGCAGCCAAGACCAAGGCCUCUGUUUCAAAGUGGAAGAUGGAAGGGUUGAAGCAACGUUGCCAUCAAGCGCUGCUGGCUUUGAAACCAAGUUGGGCUUCUCGUCCAGGUUGCAUCAUGCUAGCCCUGGGUUUUUCCUUGCUGAUGUUUCCACUGCUGAGGACGAUAGGCCUCCAAGUACACUCUGCCAUUACCGGCAGCUACAUCUCCGGAUCCCAUUCCCUGGCUCUCGUCAGUUGCCCCAACGAACAAAUUGCUCGGGAUAUUGCAAGGGCGAUUAUGGAGAAACACUUGGCUGCUAGCGUGGAUAUCUUACCGAGAACCUCAACCAUGUAUUUUUGGAAAGGGGAAAUCGAAGAAGCUACAGAAAUACUCUUGCUGCUGAAAACAAGGACUUCCAAGAUCAAGGAGCUGUCGGAUUAUAUCAGGUCUGCGCAUCCUUUUGAAAUCCCUGAAUUGAUCAGCCUACUCAUCGACCAGGGAAACCCAGCCUAUUUAAAGUGGAUCGAGGAGAGCAUCCCAUACGAUUAGACACUAGGGUCCAAAAGAUGCUUCCAACCAGCCCUGCACAAAGGACCCUUGGCGCCAUGUUCUCUGAAAAGCGCAUCAGCAAUUCAACUGAGAACGGCUCUCUUUGCCAUACCCAAAAGUAGAGUUCUGCUCUGGAGGAAACUGGAACUUAUAUAAUAAUUCAAUAUUUUUAUUUGGCAUUUCAAGGCAAAACUGGAAGAGGAGCAGCAGGAGGAUUUAUAUACACAAACAGUAGGCCCUUGGUAUCCACUGGGGUUCGGUUCCAGGACCCCCCCCCCCAUAGAUACCAAAAUCCAUGGAUGCUUAAGUCCCAUUGAAUAC